AUGCCAGAAAACCGCCGUCAAGCUUUGCGUGGCCAUCAGGAGAGAUCGGUCAGCAAUUCAUCAAAACUCUCUCGCAUUUCACAGGACUCGCUGCAAUCAACCACAUCGGAUUUCCUUGACGCUAAGAUCGCUGCACUUGAAGAUGAGAAGGAGUACAUCAGUUGCAUAAAACAGGGCCUUGAUGAGGUUUCAUCUUCAGGGCUACUUAGCAGUCACACGUUCCAGACAGAGAUCGGUCCUAUCUUGACAAGAUUCCGAGCAAUAUCGCAGACUCUUGAUGUCCUCAAGCGCCAACGGACAUUGAUCGAGGAGGACUUGGAAGUGGAAGUUAAGCGUAGAAGGGUUACCGGGCCCUCAGACAAUGGACUUGUUGAGAGGGCAUACGUGGAUACGAUUAUCCCACGUGUCAUGGAUACGGCUGCGAGGACUCAGAAACACCCCUUCAACCAGAAAAAUUUCAAGAAGAAAGUAAAGGAAUACUACAACGUGCCGACCGACUUUGCGGAAAAAACAUCUUACUGUCACGUUCUCGGAUUUUACCUACCCGGCCCUUCAGUCAAGGCAGCUCAUCUAGUGCCUAAGUCCUUAAGCCAAGAAGAGGUCUCUCAUAUUCUCGGAGUUCAGGACGGUGUUCUUUCUGACCCAUCUAAUGCGUUGUUAUUAUACAAUCCCAUUGAAUCCUUACUCGACCAAGGAGUGAUUGCUGUCAUUCCAAUUCCUGGAGCGAUCACUGACCCAACCAAGUGGAAAUGUGUUGUGUUAGAUGAAUCGAAAAAUGACGACUUCGUUUACAAGAGAGAGACGGGGGAAAUAAUCAAAGUCAAGCACCUCGAUGGCCGCAUCUUGAGUUUCCUUUCUGAGAAUCGCCCUCGCCGAAGAUACGUCUAUUUCCGUUUCCUGAUCUCUUACCUCCAUGCUAAACAAACAAAUCUCGGUGACACAACUGAAAAGGUGGAGGCUCGAAGAUUCUGGCCGUCCGGUGGUGAAUAUUUGAACAAGUCCACCCUCAAGACCCUCGCUCGUUGUGUCUCGGGACGCGAGCUCCCUGAUGAGUUUGUUACGAAUAAUACUUUUGAGGAUUCAACCAAUGAGUCUCGUAAUCUACAGGCAGGUAUGAUCCUUGGAGCGGAUAUUCGAGAUACCAAUCCUGACGACCGUGAUGCAUUGAUUGAAAAUAUGAAGCGGCUCUGA